AUGGUUGAAUUGAGCAAGAAGAGACGUUUAGAAAAAAGACAGAGUCCUAAACAUUCAAGAAUAUACCAGCCUUUUAGAGCCAUUGGCUAUGUUACAAACGAUGUUCCUUAUGUCAUCAACAGUUUAGGACAGAGUUAUUUAUUGACAACCUGCGUUGGACGAAGCUUCCAGACUUACGAUAUGUCAAAAAUGAAUCUCUUAUUUGUGAGCACACCUACCGAAAAGCCGAUCACAGCCAUGGCCGCUUAUAAAAAGUUAAUGUACGCAGCUGCAGGCAAUACAGUAUUUGGAUAUCUUCGAGGCAAGCAAGUGUCGCAAGUGGGCGGAACAGGCGAUUUCACAAUCAUGCAGAUUCUUGUCCUUGGUGGAUAUAUGGUAGCUCUUUGCGACGACAACACCUUGAAAGUCUGGGAUACGACCACCAACGAUUUGUAUACCGAGAUUGAAUUUGGAAAUGAGUUUACUGCAACAGCUAUGCUUCAUCCUAGCACUUAUUUGAACAAGAUUUUGGUGUCUAGCACGCAAGGCACAAUGCAAAUUUGGAAUAUACGAUCCAACAAGAUGGUGUAUCAGUUUAGAUAUAUGGGAUCAGCCAUUACCUGUCUUGUUCAAUCACCCGUAGUCGAUGUCGUCGCCGUGGGUUUGCUCGAUGGUACAGUCAUUCUUUACAACAUUAGAGCAGAUGAAAAGAUUGAUAGUGUUCGACAGGAUGAUCGUGUUACUGCCAUCACGUUUAGAACAGAUGGCGAGCAUAUGAUGGCAACAGGAAACAUGCAUGGUGAUGUUGCCUUGUGGGAUCUCUCAGAACGUAGAUUAGCUCAUAUUAUGAAGAAUGCACAUGAUGGCUAUAUCACCUCCCUUACCUUCUUGAACAAUCAGCCCAUUCUUACCACAGGUGGCACAGAUAACGCUGUGAAGCAAUGGAUAUUUGAAAAACACAACUCGGUUCCAUUUCCAUUCAAAGCUCGUAGCGGUCACCAUGCGCCUCCUUCGAAAAUUAGAUACUUUGGUAGAGCCAUUUUGAGUGCUGGUAGAGAUCAUUCACUCCGAUGCUUCAGUACCAUCCUCGACACACAAAACUUUGAAUUUUCGCAAGGCCAUUUGACAAAGAAGGCUAAGGAACGGGGCGUGCGUGCAGAGGACUUGAAGUUGCCACAGAUCGUUGACUUUGAUAUCAACAUGGCCAAGGUCAAGCAGUGGGACAAUAUUAUCACCUGUCAUGCCAACGAUAAUGCAGCACGUACAUGGACAUCCAAGAAUAAACGAUUGGGAUCACAUGUGCUGAUAAGUACAGACAAGAGUGCUGUCAAAUCAACAUGUAUUUCAACCUGUGGUAACUUUGGAUAUUUGGGAUGUGCAUCUGGACGAAUUGAUAUGUAUAAUGUACAAUCUGGAAUACAUCGCAAGACAUUUGAUGGCCCAGAUGGACACAAGAAAGCGAUUACAGGUUUAACCACAGAUAAUAUUAACCGAUACCUUAUCACUGCUUCUGUUGAUAAAACCAUCAAGAUAUGGGAUAUCAAAACAGCCAAAGUGAUCCAUACGAUUGACCUUGAGUCACCCGUUGUGGCCAUUCGCUAUCACAUGGAUAAUGAUUUGCUAGCUGUUGCAUGCGAUGAUUUGGGUAUUCGAGUCGUUGAUCUUGAAACACACAAGGUCAUUCGUGAAUUCUGGGGACACCGAAACCGAAUUACCGAUUUCGUGUUUAGCCCUGAUAGUCGAUGGAUUGUAUCUGCCUCUCUAGAUAGCACCGUUCGUACUUGGGAUUUACCAACGGGGUCGAUGAUUGAUAUAUUCAGAGUAGAGGACAUUGUGACCUGUUUGGCCUUUUCACCUGAGGGUGACUUUUUAGCCACGGCACAUGUAGACAAUAAUGGUAUUUUCCUCUGGGCGAACCGUACACAGUAUUCGAAUAUCUCUUUACGUCACAUUACGGAUGAUGAUGAAGCACAACUGUUAGAUUUACCGAGCAUGCAAGGUGAUCAGGAUGAAUCUGAUGUAGAGGAUGAUGAAGAGGUGGAUAUCAAAAGAGAAGAAUCAUUAGACACAGUAGAACAGUUGGCAGAGCAAAUGAUUACCAUGUCAAUGGAACCUAGAGCCAAAUGGCAGAAUUUACUACACCUAGAUACAAUCAAACUACGUAAUAAGCCCAAGGAAGCACCCAAACUACCAGAGAAGGCGCCAUUCUUUUUACCGACUUUACCUGGUGCAAAGGCACAAUUCAAUCUAGAGCCCAUGGAUGUAGAUAAAGAUAAACAAGACGAACAAACAAAGACAAAGCAACUUAGUUUGAAUCAAUUGAAUACAGAGACUGAAUAUAGUAAAUUAUUAAGAUCUGGUCAUGAAUCCAGCAAUUACGAUGCAUUUGUAAACUAUGCUAAAACAUUGAGCCCAGCAGCAAUUGAUGUCGAAUUGAGAUCAUUUACGAUAGAUGGUGAGCUGACAGUCUUGAAUUACUUUUUAGAGGCGAUUGUUUAUAUGUUAAAAUCAAGAAAGAACUUUGAACUUGCUCAAGCAUGGCUUUCCGUCUUCUUGGCCAUUCAUGGAGACUUGAUCAUCACAUCUACUAGCAUUGAUAUUCAUGAAAAGAUAAAGACUAUUCUAAGCAUUCAAAAUACAGAAUUUGGUCGAUUAUCAGAACAGAUUCAUUAUAGCUUAUGUUUAAUCGAUUUUGCUCGUAGAACAUGAUUGGCUUAUAAACAAUAAAUUUUAUUCAUGUGAAUUUCCU